AUGAAUCAAGAGUAGCCUUCUAAUUCAUCAUUAGCUUUUGUUUUAGUUAAGGUAAAUAGAAGAUCAAAAAGUGUCUUAGCAGAAGCGAGAAAACAAGCCAUUACUAAGCAGGAAGCAAUUUUCAAAAGCUUUCUACAAAAUUAAUAAAUAUGUAAUUCUACUAACAACUAAAGCAACUCCUCCAAAAUUUUACAUGAUUUUUAGUAAUAGUAAAAUAUAUCUCCUCCGAAAAAUGUAACCCCACAACAUAUAUCAAAUACUAGGCGCAACGAAUAAGCUAAUUUCAUUUAAUUGCAACAAAAUUCUUAAUAACUUAAAGAUCAGCAUAAUUUCGCAUCUGAUUCAAACCAAAACCAAAUACUUCUUAUGCAUUAAAAUUAAUUGUAACAAUUAGAUAUUGAUGGUCAUAAUGAUUAACCCAUUUUGCUCAAAAAUGGCUCUUAAAUGAAACAAAAUGAUAGCUUUAUUGAACAGGAAAUAGAUAAAAAUAAUUUCAGUAAUAUUAACUAUGAUAACAACCGCUUUCCCUCACCGUAAUAGCUACCAAAUUAAUUUCAUAACAAUUUUAAUAUUGACGAAUAAUAUGCUUUGCCUAUGUUUUUACAAACCUAUAUGAAACCUUGUAAAUAAAAGUCUUUGAGCUUUUACAAGUAAAAUCUUUAACACAAAAAGCAAAUAUCUCAAAAAAUGAACAAUACAAAAUUCCUUUAAAUUUGGAAUGAUGAAAAUGACUACUAAGUUAAAAUUCAGCAUAACCCUUAUUCUACUAAUCAUAAUCAAAAAAUCGAACCAACUCCUAAGAAAAUUUAAGUCUACAACGAACUGCCAGUCUUCUUUCCAAAGAGCAAACAGCUUAGAAAGAGUUUUAGCAAAGCAGCUGCUUCAAACUUUCCUCUAUAAAAGCAGUUUAUGGGGGAAGACAUCUUAGUCUAAAACUCUUAGCAAAUACACCAGAAUAGUUUCCACCAUUAAAUUAAUCAACUCCAGAACAGCCAUACCUCUAGUAAAGAAUUCAUUGAGAUUAAUACGAUAUAAUGUUUACAUGAUAAAUAACAAGUAUCUAAUUAAAUAUCAUAGCCUCAAAAUUGUUAAUUACUGCCAGAUCCAAUACAAAAAACUAAUUUUUGUAGGGAAAAAAGGAGUUCUUCAGUAAAAGAAACUCAAUCAACUCAAAGGAGAAGAAUAAACACUAACACAGGAGGAGUUGCUUAACAACUUGUUGAAAACUCGGCCCUUUAAAAAAUCCUUGACAUAUAUUCGAAACCUAGUUAAAAAAAUUCAAAUAAAAAGAGAUUUAGUCAUCUUGAAAAAUAAUAAACAUUUAUAAAUACUAAAGAAAAUUUGUAAGAUAAAUAUCAACCAAAUUUAUCUUUAACCCCAGCUAGACACAACCAGUCAUUUAAUGCAGGACAAAAAAAUAUUAUGCUUGCUUAAAAUAAACUUCAACUUGAUAAUUUACCUAUUCAUAAUGAUGUCAAUACUAAAAUUUUAUUUUAAAGACAACGCCAUUUCAAAAGCUUAUUUAAUAAAUUGCAGAAACAUUAAUUUUGUUAAAAAGACUAAUUCAAUAAUACUCCUUAAAAUAAUAAUAGUACAAAUAAUACAAGCUGCUAACAAACAAUACCAAAUGUUUUUCAAUCUACAUCUACGACUGCUAAACAGACUGUAGAAACUGUAGAAGAUAAUUAACCUAACAAAUAUUAGUAAUAGAAUAAUUUUUUUAGAACCAGCAAAGCCAAAUUAUUUGAAUCUAACUAGUAGGAAAGACAUAAAUUUUAUAAUUUAGAAUCUAGCAAAUCGUCUCCAAAUCGUAAAAAACCUACAAAGACGAUCAAAUAAAAUAUCUUUGAAAGAGGAUUCACACUAAAAGAAAAUGAACAAAACGAUAAUCUAAGUGACUAUAAUUAUAAUUUGAGCAACUAUGUUACUGAUUAGAGACACAUUAUUUGA